AUGAAGCAAAAAAAAAACAAACGAGUUACUGAAGAUACCUUGAAAACUUUAGGUGACCCAAUGAAUGUGUUGAAAGUUAUUAGCCAACCAGUUAAAAUCGAUAAAUUGGAUUCUUCUGUUCAAGGAUUCAAUUGGAGAAUUACUCCAGAUAAGUUAUAA